GAUUGUUUCUGCAGCGUUUUCGACCCAAGUUGACUUUUGAGUCCCUUUGCAUUCCCAAUAAUCCUUCCCGCACAUAAUCACCACGCCUGAUUUGUGUUAAAAAUGUUUGAGUGCUAAAAGUUUCUUGCAGGCUGGCUUCCAAUCCAUUUAAAUAGAUCUCCAUUUCUGGUGCGAAACGGAGAACAAAAAAGGACAAACGGUUCUGAAGGUGCAGAGGAGGGAAGGACUCGUAUUUUGAAAAGCGGUACACGAUGCAGGUCACAAUUCAACCCAGUUAUGCUUGCCGAUUUCAGUUGAGCUUUUUAGCACUCCCAGUCCUGUGGUGGAGCGUAGCCCGAGAGACUUGCCGCUUUUUGGACUUUCCUGCGAUGUAUAUUUUCUUUCCUCUGCGUGUUUUCUGAAAUGGCCCCGGCGGGAAGAAGGAUAUAUCUUGCGCCUGCUUUCAAAGUGCCGUUAAAAUGUUAAGAGUGGAGGGAAAAGGCAAGGAGAGGAAUUGUGGAAGGAAAGGUUUUCAGUUGCAAGGCAGAGAGGGGCACACGGAGGGUUGGCAUGUCAGCCUGUGUGUGCGUGUGCCUUCCUUGCCAAAGCCAGCCUGCAAAUGUACCGUCUUCAUGACAGCACUGCGUAUCACUCUGUCAGCUCCCCAACCCUGGAUGGGGUUGCUAGGCAGCGGCUCUUCUGUAUCCCCAAGACUUUCUGAUUUGCCAGCCUUCCCAAGGCACAUGGUACUGUUUGAUGAGCGUAAAAGGAUGCUUCACAGAUUUUCACAUUGAUUUCGGGGGCACUUCAGUUUGGUAUCAUGUUUUCCGAGGAGGGAAGAUCUUCUGGUUGAUUCCUCCAACUUCACAGAACCUAGAACUCUAUGAGGAAUGGGUUCUCUCAGGGAAGCAAAGUGAUAUCUUUCUGGGGGACAGGGUGGAGCUAUGCCAAAGAAUUGAGCUGAAGCAAGGACAUACCUUCUUCAUUCCUUCAGGGUGGAUACAUGCUGUUUAUACUCCAGUAGAUUCCCUGGUGUUUGGUGGCAACAUCCUGCAUAGCUUUAAUGUUCCCAUGCAGCUUCGCAUCUAUGAGCUUGAGGACAGAACGAGGGUGCAGGCCAAGUUCCGUUACCCUUUCUACUAUGAGAUGUGUUGGUAUGUUCUAGAAAGGUACGUGUUUUGUGUGGCCCAGCGCUCCCACCUCAGCAAAAAUUACCUGAAAGAAUUGAUGUUAAUUGAUACUGCAAGGAAACACAGCUUAGAUAGCUUCUCAUCAGAUUCUUGUGUAGAUAUGGAUGAAGAAUUGUGUGAUAUUCACACCCAGGGGAAGGAUGAGAGCCCAGAAAAAAUCCCCAAGGCCUCUAUGGAUGGAGCUUCUUCCCCCAACAGCACACAUUCAGAAGGGAAAGAGAUUCUGGGGAAGAAACAGAAAUCCACAGCUUCUCGGUACCUCAAAAGGACUUUGUCUGAUGCUUCAGAUGAAAGCAUAAAGUCCAUGCCGGCUGAUUAUCCCAAAACUCCCACAGGCUCCCCAGCCACUGAAGUUUCAGCCAAGUGGACUCACCUGACAGAGUUUGAACUGAAGGGUUUAAAAGCCCUUGUUGAAAAACUUGAAUCCCUUCCAGAGAAUAAGAAAUGUGUUCCUGAAGGCAUAGAGGACCCUCAGGCUCUUUUGGAAGAUAUGAAGAAUAUCUUGAAGGAGCAUGCAGAAGAUGAUCAGAAUCUUGCCAUUUCUGGAGUCCCUGUAGUAUCCUGGCCUAAGAAAAAUGCAAAGAACCGGGCAGUUGGGAGACCAAAAGGGAAACUGGGACCCACCUCUGCUGUCAAACUCGCAGCGAAUCGGACGACGGCAGGAGCUCGCCGGAGGAGGACACGAUGUCGCAAGUGCGAGGCGUGCCUGCGCACAGAGUGUGGCGAGUGUCACUUCUGCAAGGACAUGAAGAAGUUUGGUGGACCUGGCCGAAUGAAGCAGUCAUGCAUUAUGAGACAGUGCAUUGCGCCGGUACUGCCCCAUACGGCUGUGUGCCUGGUGUGUGGGGAAGCAGGGAAGGAAGACACGGCAGAGGAAGAGGGUGGCAAGUUUAAUCUCAUGCUUAUGGAAUGUUCCAUCUGCAACGAAAUCAUACACCCAGGAUGCCUUAAGGUGCGGGAAUCAGAUGGCGUGGUGAAUGAAGAGCUGCCGAACUGCUGGGAAUGUCCAAAGUGCAACCAUGCUGGCAAAACUGGGAAAGCGUACAAGCAAAAGCGCGGACCAGGGUUCAAAUAUGCGUCCAACCUCCCUGGAUCUCUGCUCAAAGAACAGAAGAUCAAUCGAGAAAACAAGGAGGUUGUUCCGGAUGCCACCAAGCGGAAAGUGGAGUGUGAGGAACCACCCCGGAAAAAAGUGGAUGAGCGUCCCCCCAAACCCCCUCUUGAUCCACUUCUGAGGAGGAAGUCUGAGGAAGCUCACCUGCGACGGAAACGGAAAUUUGAAAAGCCCCAGGAACCUGCCCUGAGGAAGCGGCUAAAGCUGGGCAAAGAAGAGAAGCUGUUCAGGAAAAAGAGGCGAUCAUGGAAGGUCACAGAUGACCGGAGCACCAUAGUCAAGCCGUUGCGGCGUUUCAAGCAGGAGCCAGAAGAUGAGUUCCCCGAGGAGCCUCCAAGAAAUAAGGACAGCGAUCAGUCCCGCUCAAGUUCUCCAAUGGCUGGUCCCAGUUCGGAGGGUGCCGAAGCACGAGACAAGAAGAAGUUCAAGAUUCGUCGAAAAGCCCGUCUUCCAAACAAAGAGCUCAGCAAAGAGCUCAGCAAGGAGCUCAACCUGGAGAUCCAAAAGACUGAGAACAGCCUGGCCAAUGAGAACCACCAGCCCAUCAAGUCAGAGCCCGAGAGCGAAAAUGAGGAGUCCAAGCACAUGCUCUGCCCAGAGCGGCCCCACCGCUUCAGCAAGGGCUUGAAUGGGACUCCCAGGGAGCUCCGGCACCAGCUCUUGUCCAGCCUGCGCAGCAGCAGCGGGGGCACACCUAGGGCCAUCACCCGACCUCCCCCUUCCCUCUCGCCCCCCAAGUGCAUGCAGAUGGAGCGCCAUGUCAUUCGGCCACCCCCCAUCAGCCCCCCUCCGGACUCACUCCUGCUUGAUGAUGGGGCAGCCCAUGUGAUGCAGAGGGAAGUCUGGAUGGCUGUUUUCCACUACCUCAGCCACAGUGAACUGUGUGUCUGCAUGAGGGUGUGCAGGACCUGGAAUAGAUGGUGCUGUGAUAAAAGACUGUGGACCAAAAUAGACCUAAACCAUUGUAAAUCCAUCACUCCCCUCAUGCUCAGUGGUAUUAUUAGGAGGCAGCCAGUCCGCCUUGAUUUGAGCUGGACAAACAUAUCAAAAAAGCAACUGAGCUGGCUCAUCAACAGGCUCCCAGGCCUCCGAGAUCUGCUGUUGGCAGGGUGCUCAUGGAUAGCAGUGUCUGCCCUCUGCAGUUCCAGUUGCCCACUCCUCCGAACGCUGGAUGCCCAGUGGGUGGAAGGCUUAAAAGAUGCACAAAUGAGAGACCUUUUGUCGCCACCAACAGACAACAGGCCAGGUCAAAUUGACAACCGGAGCAAACUGCGCAAUAUCACCGAAUUACGCCUGUCAGGGCUGGAUAUCACAGAUGCGUCCCUGCGUUUGAUUAUCCGUCACAUGCCUCUCCUAUCCAGGCUCAACCUUAGCUACUGCAACCACAUGACGGAUCAGUCCAUCAACCUGCUCACAGCUGUGGGAACCACCACACGGGAUUCCCUAACGGAAGUGAUUUUGCAAGACUGCAAUAAGGUGACCGACCAGUGUCUUUCCUACUUCAAGCGCUGUGGAAGCAUUUGCCGGAUCGAUCUGAGGUAUUGCAAGCAAGUGACCAAGGAGGGGUGUGAGCAAUUCAUAGCGGAGAUGUCCGUGAGUGUUCAGUUCAGUCAAGUGGAAGAGAAACUGCUGCAAAAGCUGAGUUAGUGUUUAUGAGGUUAAGUGUGUAAAUAGCCAUGAGGCGAAGACUGGAUGCCAGGAGAUCACUGCAGACAUGUGACCCUCUCUGAUGUUGCCAAGAGUCAACAGGGGUUUGGAUUGUACCAGAGUGUGAUGUUCAGACAGCUCCCAAACUUUCAAACUGCGUGGGAUCACAGCACUCUGCUCAGGUCCUCUUAUGUACCUUUUCUUUCAUGGCAGCAAAGGAUUGUCCAGGCCUAAAAGACUAGGGCACCCCUACUUAAAGUAUCACAGUGGGGCGUGUAUACAUUUUUGAAGAGUUUUUGGUGAUACUAAAAGCAAUGUUAAUUCUGGUGUCAUAAAGGUGGGCCAUACCUUGCAUUUUUGCCUUUUGGACUUUUUUUUUGGUUACAUCCUACAUUACGUAGAACUAUUUUUGUACAAAGUUGUUUUUAAAAAGUUAUUUAUGCAAAGUUCCUGAGUGUAUUGCAAAUGUUUGUUUUUUGGUUUCAAAUUGCCAAGUUACUAGGAUAGAGGGGAACUUCAGCCUCUUGUUCCUUAAAGAAAAAAAAAAGUUG